UGGUUCAACAAGACAGAUUACCCAAUAUUUAAACCGUAUCAGCGAUAUCGCCGCUUACACCCUCAACAGCCAUUUUAUAUUCUGCACCCCCGAAUGGAAUGGCAGCUGUGGCAGCGAAUACAAGACAAUAUGGUGGAGACCAUACAAAAAAACCCACCCUCAUCAGGCUUGUUGGGCACAGUUUUAAUGAUGUCCCUGUGUGAAGUGGUACAUGUGUACGAGUUCCUGCCUUCACGACGGAAAACCGAGCUGUGCCACUACUACCAGCGCUUCAGUGAUGCAGCCUGCACCCUAGGUGCCUACCACCCUUUA